AUGAAUCCUUCUCACGGUGCCGACGGGAAGCAACGAACGGCGAUGUAUCCGGACAUCGAUCAAUCCAUACCGGAUAAUCCUUUUGCUCAGACAAACCCUUAUCAUCCAUCUUCUUCCUCUAAUCUCUACCCAUCUCUAUCCUCGAACAAUCUCGGGCCUAAUCUUUUCCCAAACCACGGAGAUGCAUCCACCAAUCAGUCACCGUCUGCUCCGCCUCAAGCGACGGAGGAGAUUUUCAUUCGUAUCCCCGGCGCGAUCCUCAACCUUAUCGACAAAUCCUACAGCGUCGAGCUCGCGUGCGGUGAUUUCACCAUCGUUCGAAUCGUCCAGGGACCUAACAUCGUCGCCGUUCUGGCAAAUGUCGCAGAUGAGAUUCAAUGGCCGUUAACGAAAAACGAAGUAGCAGCGAAGGUUGAUGGAUCUCACUAUUUCUUCUCAAUCCACCCUCCAAAGGAAAAGGGUCAUGGAUCUGGGUCCGAUUCAGAUGAUGAGAUUCUCAAUUACGGAUUGACUUUUGCUUCGAAAGGUCAAGAAAACGUAUUACAUGUGCUUGAUCAGGUUUUGCGAGACUAUUGUUGUUUCACUGAGCAGAGAAUGUCUGAGAAAGCAAAGGAGACUGGAGAGGAGGUGUUGGGAAAUUCCAUGGCUGCAGUGACUUCGCCUGAUGAGCUUAAGGGUGAGAGAAAAGACAUUGUGGAGGGUCAAUGUGCGGCUUAUUGGACCACACUCGCUCCUAACAUCGAGGACUAUAGUAGCAAGACUGCUAAAAUGAUAGCUUCUGGGUCCGGUCAGCUGAUUAGAGGGAUACUUUGGUGUGGAGAUGUAACUGUGGAUAGACUCAGAAGGGGAAAUGAAAUUAUGAAGAACAGGCUGAGUCGUGCUGAGAAGGAAAAGGACGUUAGCCCUGAGACAUUGAGGAGAAUCAAGAGGUAUGGUGAUGUUAAGUACCACGACAACUUCCAUCCAUCACUUUCCUUUAGGAAUUUAGCAUCUUUGAGCUUGGAAAUUAAGUGCACAGGAAUCUAG